UAAGUGGUCUCAUGAGAGCCAAUGCCCUAUUCACCGUUCCAGUCACCAGUUGAGAUCAUCUGUGGGCUGCAGUUUCUCCACACCAGAGGCAUCAUACACAGGGACAUAAAACCAGCCAAUAUCUUAAUGGACAGCGCCGGUCACUUGAAGAUCGCCGAUUUUGGUCUUGCCAUGAUGAACAUCUUUGGGGAUAAGAAGAUCUCAGAAUAUGCCGGAACUCUUAGAUACAUGGCACCUGAGAUUCUUCUACAGAAGCCCUACAACACGGCAGUGGACUGGUUCUCAGCUGGUGUGAUGAUAUAUGAGAUGGCUACUGGCAAAUAUCCAUUCUAUGCCGGUAUACUUCCUGGAACUAUCGAAAAGUCACUGAUCAAUGAUGUUCCCACCUACCCAAAAGGACUCAAUCCCCAAGCCAGAGACUUUAUAGUGGGGCUCUUAAACAAGUCCCCAGAGAGUCGCCAGGUAGUGGUACAUAACAUCAGGGAACAUCCGUUUUUCAUGGAAAUCAACUGGACAGAUAUAGAGGGAGCAGGAGCUCGUCCACCAUUCCAACUAGGACCACCACCAGUGAUGACAUUGACAAAAAUUGAUGACAUCCUGUCCUCCACCGAAGCCAAUAAGUCACCAAUGGCUGAAAGAGAUCAACAACUGUUCUGUGGAUUCACAUUUGCCAAUGAGAACUGGCAGGUCAUAAAGCCAAUUAAAGAACCUUUCAUACGACCACGCAGAACGUUUGGCAGAUUUGUGAGAGAGACCAUCCGCAGGAUCUGGAGGAAGAUGAAAAACUGGAAGUAAAGAGCUCCACUCUGUAUACAGAUGUCCCCAGUAGAUCAGUGGCAGGUCAGGGGG